GAAAAUAUUUCAGGUUUUUGUUUUUAGUUACUAAAGAUGGUUGGAUCGCACAAAAGACCUCUUAAAUCAUCAAUAUCGGAAUUAAAAUUACGUCGCAUGACAGAACUAAAUAAUCGACUAAAAGAAGAUUUGGAACGUCCAAGAAUUUUAGUUAGUGAAGCUUGUCAAUCACUUAUUCUUUUUGCAACUUCAACUAAAGAUCCCAUGUUACCUUCUGUCUGGGCUCAAAACGAUCGAUUUCCUGGAUCAUUUUCUAACAGAAGAUCAUUUUCUUGUUGUAUUUUAAUGUAAUUUUUUUCUAACUU